CACUGAGCCACAGACCAGAGAAAAAGUACAACGACUUUGCAAUACAACAUCGAGCAAGUUUACGCUGUAACACUGCAAGGGAACCCACACUAUAUUGGAUUACUACUUGCCGAGGACUCACUGCAAACCUCCAUUCGGGAAUAUACUCACUGGAUAUUAUCCUGGAUAUCCUUGUGGAUUAUACAAUUACGGACUUCAAUAUGACACUGGAAGAGGUCGUUGGAUGCAAUAUCACUGAGAAAAAGAUGGAGACCGUAAGCCAAGCACUAGAAGAGUUGCUGGUGGCAGCGCAACAACAAGACUGCCUGACUGUGGGAGUCUACGAGUCUGCAAAGCUAAUGAAUGUUGAUCCCGACAGUGUUGUACUGUGUGUUCUUGCGACUGACGAGGAGGACGAAGAUGAUAUUGCACUGCAGAUUCACUUCACGCUCAUCCAAGCUUUCUGCUGCGACAACGACAUUAACAUACUGCGCGUCUCCGGCAUUAGGCGCCUGGCUCAGGUUCUAGGCGAGCCAGGCACUGCUGAUAGCAACGGCAACGAGCCCAAAGAUCUGCAUUGCAUUCUUGUUACUAACACCCAAUGUCAAUCUCUGAAAUGCCAAGCGCUGCAAGAUGUGGGUAACUACUGCGAGGAAAGCCGCUGCAAGAACAUGUGGGUUCCUUAUCUGGCCCUGCAGGAACGCUGAACUAAGGACCCUAUUUGAGAAACGUGAAAAGCGAUUAAAAGAAGUUGCCAUUCUUCAAGAAUGAGAAAGGCAUUCAAUGGGCACGGUCGACAGGCCUGUGUCUGCCUACCGUGGCCCGCUACGGGACGGAGCUAGGCGUGCACAGGUUCCCGAAGGACAAUGCGCCUGCAUCCAUGACGCAUCUGACACCGGUUCUCUUCCACCGCGGAAAGGAAUUGUGACGGCGGGAGUGGGGAGUAGGAACGAACUGUCUAGAAGUCUUGCUACUGUUUGCCUAGCCGUGUUGGAGCAACCGGGGGCGGCAGCGUAGCGUGGGAACGGACUCGCAGUUUCGUUAGUGCAGAGGAGGGACAAAGCAACGGUAUCAAUGUGAAUACAAAGACUUGAAACUGGGUUUAACCCUAUGCUUUCCGAAGUGGAAGUCUGUGUAUUUAUGAUGAAAUGCAAUGUGAAUGACUGCAAUGGUCUACAGUUGGGUGUUAUGAUGAGAAACAAUAUAAUGAAUAUGCAUUUUGAGCAUCGAUGACUAUGGAUUUUAUGUGGAAGAUGAUAGGGUUAUUUGGCUGAAGUCAUAGCAAAUCGACUGUUUAGAGGGUGAUAAACAUUGCCCAAAUGUAAUAAUGUAUUCUUGUAUUUGAUAUUGACAAAAUUAACUAAUGUAUUAUUAUUUAAGUUGAACAGAGUAAUAUAUGACAGUAAACUGCAUUGCUGAAUACUGAAGAUAUUUGAAUAAAUUAUUGAAUUGAA